AUGACAGAUAAACCAAUUAGAAUAGUAACUGUAAUUGAUGGUGGUGGUACAAGGGGUUAUUAUACAGUUUGGUUAUUAGAAAAACUUUUUCAAGAAGUAGGUUGUGAUUUAAUUAAUGAAUCUUCAUUAGUUGGUGGUACAAGUACUGGUGGUAUAAUUGCUAUCUCAAAGGCUGUUGGAAAACUUAACAAUGAAGCUUUAUCAAAUUUAUAUGUUGGUGAAGAUGCAAAAAAAAUAUUUGUUAGUUCAUAUUUAGAAAAUAUUAAAAAUAUCUAUUUAAGAGCUGAAGCAUACGAUUCAUCUAAAUUAGAAGAACUUGCAAGAACUACCUUAAUUGGUAAUUCUGGACCUAUAGAAAAUAAUCAAAAAUUCUUUGUUACUGCAUGUUCACCAAAGAAAGAAGGAAAUGAAGAUGAACUUAUUGUAGAUAUCAUUUCAAACUAUAAACCAGUUGAUAAUGAUAAUAAACAAUUGAUUAUUGAUUCACAAAGAUUUAUUGUUGGUUCAGGUGAUGAUAAAAAUCAAUUAUCUGUAAUCGAAGCAAUUAGAGCAACUUCUGAUAUUCCAGGUGCAUUUAAAUUAAUAACAAAGGAUGAUGUAACUUUUUACGAUGGUGGAUUUUUGUAUAAUAAUCCAAUUUUGAUUGCAUAUGGUGAAGCUAGAAAUCAAUUCCCAAAUGAUAGAAUUAUAAUACUCUCAUUUGGUACAGGUGGAAUUGUUGAUGCUGAUGGUAUAACAAAUGAUCAAUUAAAAGAAAUGAAUCGUCAAUCAAAUUCACAAUUAGAACAAAUUUUAACACCAAUUGAUGAAGCAACUAGUACUGCUUUAGAAAGUAAUCUCCAAUUUGUAGGUCCAAUCCAAGGAAUCAAGAAUGGUAUUGAAUUUAAGAAAAUGAUAGAUUUAUCAAAGAGACUUGCCUUAAAAUCACCAUCAACCCAUACUCUCUUUGAAAAUUUCAUGAACUUCAGAAGAAAUAGUGAAUUUUCUGAUGAUGACCUAUUCGUUUUUAGAUUUGAAAGUAAAUUAGAAAAACAUGUAGAAUUUACUGAUACAAGUAAAGAAGGUUUCACAACUUUAAUGAAUGGUGCUUUAGAUUUAGCAAAUUCCAAACAUUUCAAAAAGACUGCUGAACUUUUAAGAAAAGUUAUUAUUAAAAAUAAUGGUGGAAAAGAGCCAUCAUACACACCUGAAACAAUUGCUUUACCAAAAUAA